GUAAAUACAGAUUCUUUGUAAAUGCAGGUUCCUAAUUCUUCCCCCUUUUAAUAUUUUUUCCCCUUAAAUCAUGUGUCCUUUUUGCUGCUCCAGCUCUAUGAUUGGACUGUCACCCGGGGAGCCUGAGGCAGCACAAAAUCAAAGAGUUGCACAUUGCAGAAAAAUAGCUGGAAGAAGAAACAUGUUUUUCAGAUGCCCAGUGGAGCCCCAGAAUAGAAGCAAGAUGAAUAUUCCAUUCCACACUGGCAACACCAAAGGAGAUGAUGCUUUAGAAAAAAGAUUUCUCGACAAAGCUCUUGAACUCAAUAUGAUCUCCCUGAAAGGGCAUAGGUUGCAUCCUUUGCUCUCCAACAAUCAUUGCAGUGCUGUUUUCAAUAUGUCCACGUAGGGAUUCAAAAUAACAAAAAUGCUUUUGAAAAAUAAUGUCGUAGGUUGACAGAGUGGUUUAUAAAUUAUAGAAUACACUUAUGCUCUUAAUUCUUCAUCACAACCCUGCUUAUCAUGGCUGGAAUUGCUGCUACACCUGUGGGGUCAGCUGGGGGCUGGCUGUAGCCGGGCUGGGGGCCUGACUGGGCCACAUACCUCUUAUGCCCCAGCUAGUAACUGGGGCUUGUGCUCGUGGGGGUAGCAGGGCUCUGAGAGGGAGAGUAGAAGCAUCAUGGGACCUAGCUCUGAGCUGGCACACCAUUGUUUCUGCUGCCUUCUAUUGGCCAUGGCAAGUCACCUAACUUCAAGGGUGGGGAAAUCAACAC